GCCGUCCCAAUUUUUUUCUUUAAGACGCUGAAAAGCCUAAAUAAUCUCCUGCGUAGAAGCAGGGUGCUGCUCCGAGUGCAGUUUUGACCCAGACGUCAUUUUUUAAAGGAUUAACACCCUUUGCGCUGCUUGACACUUGUGUAUUUUUUAAUAGCCAUCUCCAGAAACGUCAACAUCGUGAGAAGACGUGCAGAAAGACCUCGAAGCGUGUUCAAGGUUCAAGUUUGUGCGAGAACACAACACAUGUGUGCAUCAGACACCAGGUCAGACUGAUUUAUCACGUCGAAGAUUUCCAAACACGGAGUUCUUUUUGAACACAGACGAAGUGUUUUGUUUUGUUUAUUGAAUGAGCAGUCGGGUGUUUGGCAGCCCUUGGUAACCCUUAAAGGGGAGACAUGGCCCAUCGUUUGCAGGACCGUCAGCACAGGCUGCCAGUGGCUCAGGCCACUGUGUUGACUUUGCCACCAGCCAGCCAAGCAAAGGAUGUGAGGCCUAGCUGGUCUGCUCUGGAAUCCCUGUUAUGUGGUGCGUUUGCCGGAGCUAUCGCCAAAACAGUUAUUGCACCUCUGGAUCGCACCAAAAUAAUUUUCCAAGUGUCCUCAAAGAGAUUCUCAGCUAAGGAGGCUUUCAGGGUCAUUUACUCUACAUACAUAGAGGGUGGGCUGUUCAGUCUGUGGAGGGGAAACUCUGCGACCAUGGUGAGGGUCAUGCCCUAUGCUGCCAUCCAGUUCUGCUCACAUGAACAGUACAAAAGACUGCUGGGGAGCAGCUACGGCUUCCAGGGCAAAGCUCUGCCUCCUUUUCCACGUUUCCUGGCUGGGUCUCUGGCUGGUACAACUGCUGCUAUGCUUACCUAUCCACUGGACAUGGUACGAGCCAGGAUGGCAGUGACUGCCAGAGAAAUGUACAGUAACAUCAUGCAUGUCUUUGUGCGGAUCUCCCAGGAGGAGGGUGUCAGGACACUUUACCGAGGCUUCACCCCCACUAUUUUAGGUGUUAUCCCAUAUGCAGGAAUUACUUUCUUUACCUACGAGACCCUCAAAAAAUUACAUUCAGAGAAGACAAAGCGAUCCCAGCCUUACCCUUAUGAGCGCUUGGCAUUCGGUGCCUGUGCAGGCCUGAUUGGACAGUCGGCGUCGUACCCCCUGGAUGUGGUACGUCGGCGCAUGCAGACAGCCGGAGUUAUCGGUUCGUCCUACAGCACCAUUCUGGGAACCAUGCGUGAGAUCGUGACUCACGAGGGAGUUAUACGCGGACUGUACAAAGGCCUGAGCAUGAACUGGGUGAAAGGGCCCGUUGCAGUGGGGAUAAGUUUCACCACAUUCGACAUUACGCACAACCUUUUGCUCAAAUUGCACCAGAUGGGCAACUUUAUCCACUGAAUCAUGUGGGAACAACAUAGGCGUAACAUAUGGCACAGAUGAGACUGGCAUAAGAGAGGUUGUCAGGUCUGUGGGAUGGCAAUAAUAUGUCUCUGGCCUCUGCAGGACUAUUGUGUUGCACACCCCUGUUCCCUUAAGGCAGCAUGUCAGAAGAAUGGACAGGAGAUCUGCUGUUCACACAGAUAGGCUUUAUCUCAGACUUUGAAAAAUGCACUUUCAAAGAAAGCGAAGAGACAAAAAAGUAUUUUGAAAUUGUUCACACAAUCUGAGCUUUGUUGUGAAAUCAUAAUACCUUUGUGAAGGUUAAAGCAGUGAACAGCCAGGUGUGUUUUUGAUUGCAUCAGUAUGGAGAAAAUAUUUGCACUUUAUUAAACAUGCAAUGUUCUUUCAGUUUGACCCAUUAUCAUUACAGAGAACACAAUGAGUUUGAAACCUUUAAAUUAGGAGACAAAUUUUGAUUUUAAAUAAGCGCUUUCAUUUCGUUAGUAUUAAAUAGCCUGAUUAAAUAAGGUAUUGUUUGUAAUGAAGGCUGAGUACCCAGUGUUCUUUGUCUUUGAAUUUCAUCAAAUUGUGUAACUGUGCCAAUGUGGACUGAUGGAGUGAAAGAGGGUGAUCACGUCAGCAGGACUGUGCAGUUUCACUUUCCAUGCAGCACUGAGGUGCAGUGAAUUUAUAGUACUUAUGUCUAAUAAGUGGACGUUAAUCAAACCUUAAACCUAAACAAAAGACAGAUUUUGGGGUUAUUUGCAUGUUCUUGACAUUUCUGCUUUUUUACUUUACUGUUGUCACAUUGCUUGUACUUGCUUGUAAAUCAUUGUUUACUCAGAAUCUAAACAUAACACACUUAACUUGGUCUUCUUUUUUUUUCUUCUUUUAAAUAAAAAUAAAUUAAACAGUAAAUGGAUAUUUCAAAGAUGGAUCAUAUCCAGUGAUGUAAAUUUCGUUCUUUUGUGUGUGUUUUUCUUUUUAAGAUUGUCUUUCCAUUAAAGGGUCCAUCCACA